UUCCAAAGCUAUUCCUGCCCCUCACGCAUUAGACACUCUCAACCGAGUGUAUUCUACGUUUGAUUGGCCUAGAUCUUCCAUCCCUCCCCUCAGCUUUGUACCAGUAUUAGGUGUUCUCAAGCCUGCCCUUUGUUCUCUGUCUGGGAAACUAGAUCGUUACUACAAGUUGCUGGAUUUCUGACAACUGGACGCCAACGAUCUUUCUGAAGUCUCAGUCCUCUAAAAUAUUGUCGCAAUGAACUUCUUUACUGUCAUGUUUUCCCGGUGUUUUGCCGAGCUAGCUAUCCUCCCCCCUCGUUUAUCAGUGGACGCUUCCGCGGUGGUGGUAAGAACGGUGGUACCAAGAGUCCUGGACCGCCAAACGGAGCACAGCCAACAUCACCUACAGGCACAUUACAGAGCGGUUCAUCGUCAACGAGCUUAGCACCCAGAAUGCCCCCCUUGCCCAGCUCCCCGUCGCUUUCACAAACCCUAUCAAUGGAUGACUCAACUGGAAGCCUUCCCAGCGGUGACGCUCUCUCCUUCUACAACCUUCCCCGCCCCAAGCCCAUCUGGCUGAAUGAUUCCUACGCCAAGCACAUCGUCAAAGGCAACUUCAUGACAUUGUCGGCUCGACCAAAGACCGUAGAGCAAGGUGAAUGGAUCGCACAUCAAGUCGUUGAGCAUUAUCGCAACCUCUGGAACUUUGUACGCGUUAUCCAUGACAAGGACGAAGAGGGCACUUCGAUCUGUAAUUCUCAAACUUGUCCCCGCAUGUCUGCUGGCGCCAACCAUUCGUUCACCUGGCUGAACGCCAGAAAAGAGCCUGUUGAGGUCCCCGCCCACGAGUACAUCUCUCUGAUGCAAAGAUGGAUCUCCGGCAAGAUCGACAACACUGCCAUCUUCCCAACCGAUCCAGCAGGUGUCUCAUUCGCUUACAAUACUGGCAAUCCCGACAUCGCUAGUGCUACCUAUGCUUCUGGCGGACUGAACACACCAGGUUCCAAUACGCCCAUCCCAGCUGGACCAACUGCUUUGACCACAUCACUUUCACAACUUGCUGGCCCUGGCGAUUGGGUUGGCAAGAGUAGCGGGUUCCCAGUCGAUUUUGUGGAGGUCUGCCAAACAAUCUUCCGUCAAAUGUUCCGUGUUUACGCUCAUCUCUACUGGGCACACUUCAUUGAUCCGUUCUAUCAUCUCAGCCUUGAGAAGCCAAUGAACAGUUGUUUCAGUCACUUUGUUCUCACUGCUACUGAGAUCGAUAUGCUGAAGCCUCACGAGUUGGAGCCAAUGCAACCGUUGAUUGAUCUCUGGGCUGCGAACGGAACCUUCCCUAAGGAGUCAAAGGCGUACGCUUGCGCAAAUCUUAAAGCCGGCGAACGAUUACUUUCUCUUGCUGGUGUCAACUGAAUACGGAGACUCAAGGGCUGGUUAUUUAUAAACUUGAUGUUGAUGAGAAUGAACAGGAUGCUUUUCAGAUCGCGCUGAGAGGGAACAGAUUUCCUGAACUCUGUUUUCGGUGAAGUUUAUUUGAUUUUCCCGCGUGCAUAUGGAAGGAAGUUGAUAGCAUGAAACAGCGAGGAAAUUUCCGGUUGGCGUUUCUGAUUUCAAUAAGAAGGUUCUUGCGCGUGCUAGAGGGCAAGGCUGGUUAAUUAUGGAACGAAGAGAAUAAAAGCCAUUCAUGCAUUCAUGCUAUGGACUGCGGGUUUUAGUAAGCUAUUUGAAGAAACAUCAUGAUCCGUCUUCCAUCCUCACUUGCGUCGUUUCCUUCUUCAUUGAGCAGCCACCUCA